AUGUCCCCAUGUCCCCAGGCCGAGAACCUGCUCCUGGACGCUGACGCCAACAUCAAGAUCCCCGUCCCUGUGUCCCCAUCCCAGUGUCCCCAUGCUGAUAUUCCUGUCCUGAUGUCCCCACCGAUGUCCCCGUGUCCCCAGGCUGAGAACCUCCUGCUGGACGCCGACGCCAACAUCAAGAUCCCUGUCCCAGCCGAGAACCUGCUCCUGGACGCCGACGCCAACAUCAAGAUCGCGGAUUUUGGGUUCAGUAACGAGUUCUCGCGGGGUUCCAAGCUGGACACGUUCUGYGGGUCCCCCCCCUACGCCGCCCCCGAGCUCUUCCAGGGCAAGAAAUACGACGGGCCCGAGGUGGACAUCUGGAGCCUGGGGGUGAUCCUGUGUGUGGGGACCCUGAGGACACACAGUGACAGUGCCACCCCCUGUCCCCAGAUCGUGUCGGCCGUGCACUACUGCCACCAGAAGAACAUCGUGCACAGGGACCUCAAGGCCGAGAACCUGCUCCUGGACGCCGACGCCAACAUCAAGAUCGCGGAUUUUGGGUUCAGUAACGAGUUCUCGCGGGGUUCCAAGCUGGACACGUUCUGYGGGUCCCCCCCCUACGCCGCCCCCGAGCUCUUCCAGGGCAAGAAAUACGACGGGCCCGAGGUGGACAUCUGGAGCCUGGGGGUGAUCCUGUACACGCUGGUCAGCGGCUCGCUGCCCUUCGACGGACACAACCUCAAGGAGCUGCGGGAGCGCGUGCUGCGGGGCAAGAACUGUGUCCCCUCCGCGGUCCCCUCUGUGUCCCCUGACCCUGAGUGACCCCAAAUGACCCUA